AUGCCAGUAGCAAUGACGGUUGCCGGCUCCGAUUCAGGUGGCGGCGCAGGUGUUCAGGCCGAUUUGAAGACUUUUGCAGCCCUGGGCGUUUACGGCGCCUCGGCGCUGACCGCCAUAACCGCUCAAAACACGGUGGCGGUUACGGCCGUUCACGAACUCCCGAUCGAUUUGAUUGCCGCGCAGAUUGAGGCAGUGGUCUCCGAUAUAGGUGUGGACGCAGUCAAGACCGGCAUGCUUUCCAGUUCCGAAAUAGUUGAGGUUGUUGCGAGAGAACUGGACAGACACGGAAUCAAGAACCUGGUAGUUGACCCAGUAAUGAUAGCAAAGAGCGGAGACCCGCUAUUGAGGCAGGAAGCGGUCGACUCUGUCCGCACUCUCCUGGUACCCUUGGCCUGUAUCGUUACGCCAAAUGUGCCCGAGGCAGAAACCCUUACCGGAAUGAAAGUGGAAACCGACGAGGAUAUGAGGGAAGCCGCCCGCAGAAUCAUCGGUAUGGGAGCCAGAGCGGUGGUAGUAAAAGGCGGGCACCGUGAAGGUCCCGCCACGGACCUCUUUUACGACGGGACUGAGUUUGUAGAGUUUACUUCAGACCGAUUUGAUACGGUCAAUACUCACGGCACCGGUUGCACCUUUGCUUCCGCCACCGCUGCAGGACUGGCUCAGGGGAAAUCGGUUGUAGAGGCGGUAGCGCAGGCAAAAGAGUACGUAACCGAAGCCAUUCGCAAUUCCUAUCCCCUUGGACAAGGCCACGGGCCUGUCCACCACUUUUGGCAGCUUUGGGAUAAAUCGUAG